AACUUCCGUCUCCUGCUGUUGACGCAGCCGCAGUGCGCUGCAGGGACUAAAAUCCGGCGGCUGCUGCCUGUUUUCGGCUGUUUUCGGGUUCUUCCGGUCAGCAUGGCGCACCUGCGGCUCCUCCGCGCGGCAGUAACGGAGCGGCUCGCGGCGGCGGCGGAGGAGAUCCUCGUGCUGGUGGAGAGAGUGAUGGUGGAGCGCGAGGACGAGCUCAUCCGCCUGUACGCACCUACGAAGCCCGCGACUGUCGGCGGGGACGCGCACACAGGUCCGGUCCAACACACUCAGCACCUCCAGGAGUCUGAGCCGCCGACCAUCAAGCAGGAGCAGCAGGAGGAGGUGUGGGUCGCUCCUCAGGCAGCAGAGGAGGAUGUUAAACCAUUCAAGCUUGAGCUGCCUGAGGAGGAGGAGGCUCAGAUGGUGGAGAUAAUGAAAGACGAAGCCCAGCCGAGCACUUCCUGUGAGGAGCCCGUUGCUCCUCCUCCGCAUGGUGCUCCUGCUGUUGGUGAAGGCGGUGGAGGAGGUGGGACUUCCUGCAGCUGUAAAGUUUGCGGGAUGAAGUUCAGCUACCGGGGCUCUCUGCUGAACCACGCCGAGACUCACGCCGCCGCCGAGUGCUGCCUCUGCAGCGUGUGCGGCGAGCCGCAGGCUGACCGGCAAUGCCUGCUGGAGCACCUACGGACACACCUGAAGAGCCACGUCUGCAAGUUUUGUGGGAAAAGCUUCCAGCGGCGGGUGGAGCUGAAGGUGCACACACGCAGCCACACGGGCGAGAAGCCUUUCAGCUGCCGGCUGUGCGGGAAGCGAUUCACCCGCAAGAACAACAUGGAGAUUCACAUGAGGACGCACACUGGCGAGAAGCCGUACCACUGCACCAUCUGUGGGAAGGGCUUCAACAUCACCUCCUCCAUGAUCCGCCACGCCCGCACGCACACCGGGGAGAAACCCUACAGCUGCCGCAUGUGUGGGAGGAGCUUCACGGCCAGCUCGGACAUGAAGAUCCACAUGAGGACGCACACGGGCGAGAAGCCCUACACCUGCCCCGUGUGCGGGAGGGGCUUCGCUCUCAGCACGCCACUUAAACACCAUAUGAAGCACCACACAGAGGAGCGGCCGUACUGCUGCAGCCACUGCAACCGCUGCUUCAGCGACAUGUACACGCUGCGGCGCCACAUGAAAAACCACGGUGAGAGUGCGGCGUCCUGACGGGUGGCGAGGACUGUGGGCGGAAAUCACACUUCCUGUUUUUACCACAGAUUGGGUGGUGGUGCCACUCCGUGAAUCAGGACUUUUUUUUUUU